AUGUUGAAGCUCACAAGGACAAUCUUAAGCCCUUCAGAUCCAAAUACCCAGCACAUGAUUCGGGGAGCUAUAGGAAGCGCCCGUAAGACAGAACGUCUACGCAAGGAUGUCUAUCGUCUCUUCAAUAUCCACGCUGCUUGCAAAGCACAAGAAACUCAUGAUUCUCAACCAACAAAAACCUCCACCAUUUCUAGCAUCUUGGAAAAUGCACCAUCGAACGUAUUCCUUGAUCUGCUUCCGAAAAACCUUCUGAAACCGUUCAUAAUUGAAACUGGAGAUGCUAGUAAAGAAGUCAAAUCCAAGAUAAAUGAUCUCCUAAAGCGUGGUCAAUACAAUCUCGUGUUGAACGCCUUGAUCUCUUGGAGUGAAGCCCACACAGCCGACGAGUUUCAAGAACUCUUGAGCCCACGUGAGUUCUCCUAUGUGAUGGAGAAACUUGUAAAUAGACAGGCGUGGGUCUAUCGUGCUAUGGGAACAGAAAAUGUCAUUAAAGACGACUACUCUCCACUAGCACCAUUGGCAUUAGAGGCGAAAGACUUCAGAAACGGUUCCUUGGGCGACGUCCACUACGACUUGACAGUGCGAGACUUUGAAAACUUAAUUCAGCUCGAGCUGCAAAACUGUAAGAUGGAUUUGGCAUCCAAGUGGUAUCAGCGAUUUGAACAGAGGUAUCCAGACAAUGACCACUAUCUGAGGAUGUCCUACAACUUGUGGCUUCUUAGAUUCUACGUCUACGGUAACGCAGAGUCGAGAAACUGGAAGGUGGACGGAACAUUGACAAACAGAGGACGCAGAGAUAGAAAGAGAUCGAUGUUCUUGUCUCAUGCCCACUGGCUCGAACUUUUCAAUGAGUUCGCCAAGAAUCAGCAUCUUAUGCUGGGAAACUCGCAGUUUUCAUUCGAGAAGUCUUCUAUACUCGCUGUAAUGGGUGCAAUGUCACAUUCUAAAGACAAGGCCCAGAUUUGUAAAUUCAUAGAAGGGGUUUGGGGUAUCGAUGGCAAAGGCCGCUUACAGAAGAAGAUUCCCAAGGACGACCCUCGUUAUCCUGACGUUGAUAUAUUGUCUACAAUUGUUGUGUCUUUGAUUUACAACGACCAAACAGUGAAGGCAAUGAUUUACUUGAAUGCUUUCCAAGAACACUACAAUAUAGAGUUAGGCAAAGAUUCAAAGCAAUUAUGGGAUAUGGUGUUCGACUGGGCCGAAUUCCUUACUAGGUUUUCUGAGGAGCGUUCCCUCCAAUUCUUCCUCAAAAAUACCGACACAAAGGUCGGAGGAAAGCUUAACCCAAGUUUAUCAAAGGCAAAGUCUUCUCCCAAUUUCGAUUACGAGGGCUUUUUGACUUUCCUCGCCGACUUGCAAAAUCAUAGAACAAGGCUCAUGGACGAGCUCUGGACUUGCUACAAAGAAAGCGGUUCCGUUUUGUCUACAAGAGCUUAUUUGUCUCGUUUUCUUGUGCUUCGUGAUGCUAAAGAUGAAAAUGGGUUGUUCGAGUAUCUCAAGGAGAUUACAUUGGAAUUGCGCUUCCAGCUGUUGCCAGAGGAUGCUUUCAAUUAUAAAAUGCUGGUAAACUCGUCCAAACGUCUUCGGGUGUUAUAUGAGCGGGCAGUCAGGACUUUGAUCGAUUUCAAGGGAGAAGCCGGUGAACUCGAGCUUAUCGAAGUUGUAGUUCGAAAGUGGGCUACAGAUGCAGAAAUGAAGACAUCAUUGGAAGAUUAUGCACUGGAGAACUACUCGAGGUUUGAAGCUAGGCGGAAGGAAAGAGAAGAGAGCAAGUUGAUGAAGGAGCAAGAAGAAGAGGAUGAGAAGUUUUUGGGCCUCAUGGUAUAG